AUGACUGCAGACACACAAAAUGAGAUCGAUAUACACACGGUUCUGUAUGCACUAAAGAACCAAAUAGACGACUUGGAGAAUGAAAAUAUGGAUCUUAAAAGGCAGUUGGAAGAUAACAAAGAAAUCCAGCGCUCAUCAGAAAAUGAUAGAGAAUAUUUGCAAAAGAAAAUAGCAAACCUUCAACAGGAAACACUAAAUUAUAGUAAUAUCCAAGAGCGCCUGGAGACAGAAAUAUAUACGCACGAGCAAGCUAUGGCAAAAUGCCAGAAAGAGAACCUUCAGCUCACAAAAGCAAAGAAAGAUACCGAGAAAAAGAUGGCUUUUGAGCUUCAGACCUUUGAGACAGAACGCGUGCGCUGGCAGCAACGUGAAGCCGAUUUUUACAACCAGAUCAGGAGUUUGAAUGCUCUCCAACAGACAGAACCACGGACGCCCAAACGAAAAAGCACACUUGGUGUUGCCAAGUCAAUUGAAAGUAGUACCAGCAGCCCCUUAUUACCAUCUUCAUCAUUAUCGCUAUCACAAUCUAAAUCACAAUCGACAUCAUCAGCAUUAUCGCCACAAGAACAACAGGAACAGUUGAAUACAUCAGAUUCAAUAGAAAAUGGGUUCUUUACAUCCGCCACCUCAAUGUCGACCACCACCCCUUCAGCCCCACGUCUGCUGCAGAACAUUGACAGCAAACUGUCGCGUGAGGCCAAAUCUGCACAGAGAAUGGUCAAGUCGCAGGACAAGAUGAUUGCGGAUCUGAGACGAGAAGCCGAAAACAGCCAGACAAUAAUUCAGGAACAGGGUUUGCAGGUCCGAGCGCAGAUGGUCAGACUCGACCACCUAGAGCAGGAGGUGGCCAGCAUGAAGCAGCUGAACCGAUCUUUAAUGGAAGAAAACGAGAGUUAUCAGAUUCUGUUGCAUGAAAAGACCAUUAGUGGAGAGUUUAUGAUGGAUCCAAUCUUACAAGUGGAUCAGGAGUCUGAAAAAGCACAGGAAAAUAGACGUAGUCUGAACCCUUCAAGUAGUACGGCAAGCAGCAAUAGCUUGAACCUGGCAGCAGAACUCAACCUUGUAUCUGUCGGAACGUCCGAUUGGGAAGCCAAGCAAAUUUCAGACGAAAACACAAAGACCAUCCAAAAGUUGACUGAAGAAACAAAAGUAUUGCAGGACACCAACAGAGCUUUGCAGCUCUACAUGAACAAAAUCCUUAUGCGGAUUGUCAAUAAUAAGCAGCUCGAAGACGUCCUCAGCAUUGACCAACCCAAACCUAAGCCUUCGCCUAAACUUGCACCUACAUUUACAUCUACAUCUGCACCUGCAAAUGGACGCAAAUCUGGAUCUUUGUCUGUGUCUGUACCUACUAGUACUAAUAAUAAUAACAAUAAUAAUAAUAAUAAUAAUAAUAAUAAUGGCUCAAAGAGAUCCAUUCCAUCGCGGCCACCCAGGACAUCCCCAGAAGCAAUCAGUCCCGUAAGAUCAUUCUCGAGCAACUUGCUCAGCAGAGCCACCAACCGCCAAUCCCGCCCUCACACAGUGUCUUACAAGGCCGAAGGGUCCCCCAAAAACCUGACCGUCGAGGACCGGAGGCAUAGUACAGCUCCAAACCCUAAUCCUAAUCCUAAUCCUACACUUAGCCUAAGUCUUAAUAGCAAUGGAAAUGGUCCUCAGCCUACACCCAGCCGAAGCAGUUGGUCGAGCGCAUUGCGGCGCAUGAGUAGCGCUUGGACCAAUCCUUCUCUUGUUCCUCCUGAGCCCUUGGAAGACAAACGCAAAGACCUUGGCAUAGUAUCAGAAGAAUGAUAGUAAAUAGUAAAUAGUAAAUAGUAAAUAGUAGUAGUAUUGGGAUUAGUAGCAACACCAACAGUAAUAAUGACAAUAAUAAAACAAAUACCUUUACAUCUACAUCUU